CUCUCUCUCAACCCGAAAACAGAUUUACAGAUCCAUCGCAACCUCUCGAACGAAAAGAGAGAAUAAUCGGUAGUUCAUCUCGCUCUCUCUGCGUGUGUGGAUGUUGAGACUUGAGAGCUUCUAAUCGUGGCUUCUUCAGGGUCGGAUUCGCUCCAUCGGAGAAAAUCGAAACCUUCCUCCUCUCCGGCUUCAUCUUCUGCUCCGACUAGGAUCGUGUACAGGGAGUCAAGAGAUUUCCCUUUCUGGCAGCAGAACUGGUUUAUCGGAUUACUCUUUGUAAUGGCUCUCGGCUUCUUCGCCCUCGCUAUCUUUCUCUUCCUCAACCUCGAUGUCGAUAACGGCUCCUUCUCCUCCGCAUCCGCAGCUUCCUCCACCGAAGGUGUCGAGAUUACCUACGGGACGGUGCUUAAGCUGAUGCACGAGAGGACCAAGUUUAGACUGCAUUCUCACGAAGUACCGUAUGGGUCUGGCAGUGGGCAGCAAUCUGUUACGGGCUUUCCCAAUGUUGAUGAUUCUAAUAGUUACUGGAUUGUGAGGCCUGAACCAGAAACAUCAGCCAAGCAAGGUGACCCCAUCAAUAGCGGGACCAUUAUCCGAUUGCAACACAUGAGGACUAGAAAAUGGCUGCAUAGUCAUUUGCAUGCAUCUCCAAUAUCAGGCAACUUAGAGGUUAGCUGCUUUGGAGGUGAGAAUGAUUCCGAUACUGGGGAUUACUGGAGGCUUGUUAUUGAAGGGAGUGGGAAGACUUGGAAGCAAGAUCAAAGAAUUCGGCUUCAACAUGUUGACACUAGUGGCUACCUUCAUAGUCAUGACAAGAAAUACGCUCGAAUUGCUGGGGGACAGCAAGAGGUUUGUGGUCUCCGAGAAAAGCGUGCUGAUAAUAUUUGGUUGGCAACUGAAGGUGUCUACCUCCCUGUUAAUGAAAGCAAGUAGAUAUUAGUUUAUUCGAGAAUCAUUAACUUUAAAAAAAAGAAAAAACAGGUACUUGGGUUUUGAAUUUUUGGGGGCUUGUGCCUGCUUCUAUAAUAGCUGUAGAUGUCCUCCUUGAUGAAGGAAAAUACAUCAUACAUGUUCUUAUUUGGUGUUGAUGUUUAUCUUAUGCAAUGUAUGCCCUUAUAGCCGGGAAAAAUGCAGCUGUCAAUUCUAUGUUAACAUAAGUAUUUAUGAGUGAUGCAAGUUAUUAUGUGUUUAGGCUUGCA